AUGAAAGCUGCCCUUCGCCAAAGUGGCAGACUCUCCCAAGUCAGACAUAAGGUGUCGUCGAGUUCCACCUCGGCAUUGGCCUACAAGACUUUGCACAGAAACCAAAAGAGACCCCCAUUGCCAACAUUCGACACUCCAAACUGGUCUGCUGAUGCAGCCGUCUCCUCCAUCUUGUACGAGACUCCAUUCCCAUCCAAGGCUCCAAGAAAGCAACAUGUGUUGAACUGCUUGGUGCAGAACGAGCCCGGUGUGUUGUCGUCCGUGUCUGGAACAUUAGCUGCCAGAGGUUUCAACAUUGACUCGCUUGUGGUUUGCAACACCGAAGUGAAGGAUUUGUCCAGAAUGACCAUUGUGUUGGGCGGCCAGGAUGCCGUUGUUGAACAGGCCAGAAGACAAAUCGAGGACUUGGUGCCUGUGUACGCUGUUUUGGACUACACCAACGCCGAGAUCGUCAAGAGAGAGUUGUUGUUGGCCCGUAUCUCUUUGUUGGGACCCGAGUACUUCCAGGAGUUGAUUGCCGCCCACAACUUGCACACCAACGACGGCGCGGCUGUCCCAGACUUGAGUGCCACCGAGAGUGAGUUCCACCCAAGCAAUUUGGUGCCAUCUGAGGCCUUGAGACAGAAGCACAUGCACUUGCUGCACAUUCUGACUAUCACUGACCGUUUCGGGGGUAAGAUCGUGGAUAUUUCUGACAGAAAUGUUGUUGUGGAGUUGAGUGCCAAACCCUCGAGAAUCUCGUCGUUCAUUCAGUUGUUGCAACCAUUUGGUAUUUUGGAGAUUGCCAGAUCUGGUAUGAUGGCUUUGCCUAGAACUCCAUUGGACCAUGCGCUCGGCGAGGAUGAGGCUGUUGAUGCCAACGACAUUGUGGAUGCUUCCCAAUUGCCACCUGGUUAA